CUGACACGCACAUAGGAAGUGAAUAUUUCGAUCAUCUUAAAAACUGUAUUGCCAUUUCUUAGUUUUUUCUUCAUUGACACUUCAACGUGAAUGGAAUGGAGAGCACAAUUAACCGUCAGAUACUCCACCUAUAUCUAUGGAAUUUCCAAACUACCAGACUACUGAUAUCGAUAGCUAUGUUAUACGGUGUGUGUGGUUUCACGUGGUUUGAGGCACAAAACGAAUGUCGUUUAGUCGGACAAACUCUUGGCUCAAGAUCUAACACAACCAAAACUUUCUGGACCAGUUCCAAUAAACGUCGAUCUUUCUGGAUUCACAAUCUCGGAUGCUGCAAAUACUCUGAUCUGGACCCUGCUCUGAGAGACGGUGCUGUCUUUGAUAUGGCUUAUUCUUCUGCUGGUCUAUGCCAAGAGCUUUGCAUGGAACAAAACAAAAAACCAUUUUUAUUUGGCAUUAAGGAUCAAAAGUGUGUUUGCUUUAAACGCAGCACACCAAUAUUACCUCCCCUGAACAGAUGCAAACAACAGUGUAUGGGAACCUGUACGUCUGGGAAUGGAUCAAAAUGUUCCCAAUAUCGCACAUAUUUAUCUGCAGUUGGAGGACAAAGGAAUGACAGAUUUCCCGCUACCUAUCCUGGCUGUAUUGUCAUACAGUGCACUGGUGAUACAAGCUAUAAAGUUCGACAUUGUGAUUCGAAUUUUGCAUCAGCUUGUAAAAUACAAGAUUCCAUCAAUGAAAUAUAUCAUUCACAUCGGUCAAAUAUCAACUCCAAAUACGCGCUGCUGCGAAAUUCUUUUAACUACUUUGGAAAACACGUUGAAUCUUUUUUCAAGAAUAUAUGUAAAUCAAGCAUUAAAAACAAUGAAGUACCAGUGUGGAUUGCAUUUUCAAGGGAGAAUUACAUUCGUUUUGAUAAAGGGGAAAUGUUAUCCGAUAUCGACAAACGAAACACCAUGGCCUGUCAGCUUUGUAAAGAUGGUUGUCGAUUUGAAGAUUGCGACACUGAUGUCCGAGAAAUAGUAUGUUCAAAGACUAUAUUGACUACCACGAAAACAGCUCUGAAGAUGACAGUCACAAAACCCAGCAUUUCCAACACCGCAGAUAUCUCAAAAACUUCAAAUGAAACAAGAGAAAUCAAAGUAAGGGAGACGACUGAAGAAGUGUCACGGCUUCCUCAUAAUUAUUCUGACCAAACAUUGUCCUACAUACUGGCGACAACGACAUCAACAAACAACGACAGAAAAUCGCUUUCAACUAUGUUUUCGGGUGUUCUUGCACUAUGCUUGGUAGUUGCAACAAGUUUGGUGUCCUUAGGAUUGACAGUUGUUUGCAGAAGAAGGAAACGAGCAUCAGCUAAAACUGAAAGAACAGAAAGACGCAAAGCACCAUCAACCGGACAAAUAAAGCCAAUCCCUACAAAGAAUUCAAAGAUGGACACAUUAGCCGAACUUAAAACCUCCGCAUAUGCAUUGGCAGAUAACAGUAGAUUUGAACAAAAUUGUGCCUAUGAAAAGGCUGACAACAGCAGAUUUGAAGAGUGUGUCUAUGACGUGGCAGACAACAGCAAGCUUAAAGAAGAAAGUCCCUAUUCUGAAGGGGGAGAAGGACACUAUGACCAUCUCAGGGACACGACUUCUAGAAGACAAAUAGAUGAAGAUACAUAUAACCAUAUCGCACCUGCAGGAUACGCCACCAUUUCCGAAUAUGAUGUAAUGCGAAAAAAGGAAAAUGACCAAUACCGUCAAUCACAAUUCCCGACUAACAGUCAUGCACAUGCUUAUAGCUGUGUCACCCUGGAGUUGUAUGACAAAAAAUGGAAAUAUUUAAAACCACAGAAAAGGCUUGGAUAAAGACAAUGAACGAAAAUAUCACUGUGACAGUCGCGAAAGGGGUGAAAAAUAUGGAGGAAAUUGCACAUUUCAAGACAAGAUACACUCCGGCAACAUAAUUAUGAACACUUUUGCUUGCAAUAAAAGUGCCCUUGAGAACAACAUUAUGGUAUGCUUGACUUGCACACAAAGAGUUGUACAUGUCAAAUAUAUGUAGGACAUUCCUAACUUAGAGUUACAAACUUCUAUAGUGUGACAGACAGACAGACAGAUUAGAGAUCGUAUAUAAAUUCAAUGAUCGUCGUAUAAUGCAAUGUUUAUUCUUUUUAUUAAAUUACAAUUAUGAAAUUGUU